AGAGAGAGAGAGAGAUUACACUUUUUCCAGCCACGCAGGGCUGAUUAAGCGUCCCACAUAUCUCAAACCAUCAGUAGCACACACAUCAUGAAUACUCGAAAAUAUGCAUCCCAGCACGCAGACAAGUAUCAACUGCCAAAAAGGACUGCAAGGCUGCUUGUGGAUGUAUGUCGGUCCAAAUCAGCGACAAGUCAAGGGCAGGACAUGGACGCAAAUCACAGGCCAAACAGAUUGUGCGUGCUGCGGGUGGGUCCAGCCAUUUGCUGUCAUUGUAAAGACUGCCCAAAUCCUUGCAAUAACAGCGCUUCUCGGUGAAACAAGCAAGGGGGGUACCCAAUGCCCCACAAUGCUUGCCGCCACCUGUAUUGCUAAGCUACUACACAGCACAGCUGAGUGGUUUGCAAAGGCACACCUGGACUGGCAGGUGUUCAAGGAGCUGCAAUCAGGUGAAAACUGCAGGAGGUUAGACUAAAAUCUCCUCAAAGCCCCAAUACAGCUUGUACGCGCUUUGUCCUAGGUUUGGACCAGGACCCAGAACAUCCUGCCUGGGUUUUGCAGGGCACACACAAGAACGCAACACUGCAAAAUCUGCUUGUUCUGUAAAAGGUCUCAUGGCCAUUUCUAUUACUGCGGUCGAUUCUUCGCGUCAGACAAUGAUGCAAACAGCCGUCGCAUCCUUCUUUUACUGGUAAUGGCGGCUGGCGGCUGUUGCCUCUUCCGCCCCAACCAAAGCUUGGCCGUCCUAGAUAUUUUUACUACUGUGUCAUUAACAUCAAUUUAUUAUUAUGCUUCCCAGCCGCUAUCGCCUGGCCUCUGUCUGCUCCGUUUUUGUAUACCCACAUUGUUGCUGUCAGGGCAACCUCUGUUGAAGCGUCGCUUUGUGCCCGGCGAUUAUUUCGUCUGAUUACAUCCUUUUCAUUCAAUUCUCUGUGAUGUUGCCUGGCUGCUGAAGCCCGACCCAG